AUGGCCAUUGAUCCCCCUUCAUCUUCACUCACUAUAAACCUAGUGAUUCUCCUAAAGCCUAAUAUAUCACAGCCUCAACUUUCUGGCUCUCGCGUACGCGUGGCCGUCACUCAGACUGAGCCUGUCUGGUUGAAUCUCGAUGCUACAGUCGAAAAAACAUGCAAGCUUAUAAACGAAGCAGCAGAAAACGGUGCUCAAUUGGUGACCUUCCCCGAGUGUUGGAUUCCGGGAUAUCCUGCGUGGAUCUGGUCUCGUCCAGUUGAUUUGAAACUAUCAACCAGAUACAUCCAAAACUCUCUCAAAGUGGACUCGGUGCAGAUGAUCAAGAUCCAGGAAUGUGCAGCAGCAAACAAGAUCACCGUUGUCCUUGGAUUCUCCGAAAACAUCCAUUCCUCAUUGUACAUCUCUCAGGCCAUUAUUGGCCCUGAUGGAAAGAUCCUCACGCUCCGCAAGAAGAUCAAGGCGACCCACAUGGAAAGAACGAUUUUUGGCGACUCCUUUGGUGAUUGCUUGCAUAGCGUAGCCGACACUCCAGCUGGUCGAGUCGGAGCUUUGUCUUGCUGGGAGCAUAUUCAGCCACUCCUCAAGUACCACACGUAUUCACAGCGGGAACAAAUUCACGUUGCAGCUUGGCCACCCGUUUUCGACGACGACGGUAGUGGAUUACACUCCAUGACACGCCAAGGCACCGAAACUCUUUCUAAAGCAUACGCGAUGGAGUCCCAGUCCUUCGUUCUGUGCACUACUGCAGUCGUCAGCCAGGCUGGAAUUGAUGAAAUGGCUACACAGACCGGAGUUGUGAUGAACGUACCCGGUGGUGGUUUCUCUGCAGUCUACGGCCCCGAUGGUCGUCAGCUCUCAGAGUUCAUCCCGAGCACUCAAGAGGGGAUUGUGUAUGCUGACCUGGAUUUGGAUGAAAUUCACAAAUCUAGAGCAUUCGUCGAUCUUUGUGGGCAUUAUAGCCGGCCCGACAUGCUUUGGCUUGGUGUACAUGGCGGCGUUAAGCCACAUGUUAGACACGAGGGAAUGGGGUCAGCUCGACGACACUCCAUCACUGAUCUAGCUGGACCAGAUACUGAACAAUCCAAGCCGAACUCAAUGUUUACUUUGGUCUAA